UGAACUGUGUUACUAGUUUGUGUUUAUAUGAUGGUGUGGUUGUGUGGGUAGCAAGAUAAAACACGCUGAGACUGAAGAGCACUCUUUGCGAAGUACCAUCAUGUUUUUUGUGCAUUUCACAGGACUAAACAACCUGCCCUUUGACCCUGGCAAUAGCAAACCUCUGCCAUUCAACAGCAGGGACAGCCCUGCUGAAAAUGGAGGCGAGGCAAGCCAGAAACGGAAGAGGAUAAAUUUGCCUACAGACAGCAUUCCAAAUCUGAAUCUAGAGUCUCCUCCAAUGGAUUUGGGCAUGUCAGACCCAACAGCCUGGACCACUGCAAUGAAUAACUUGGGGAUGGCACCAAUGGGAAUAACAGGAGAUCCUCUUUUGCCUGACUUUGACCCUGCCCUUGGAAUGAUGACUGGGAUCCCACCAAUCAGUCCCUUGAUGUCUGGCUUGGAAAUAGUGCCACCACCAGUGAUUAAGGAGAUCAUUCAUUGCAAAAGUUGCACACUCUUCCCACCUAACUCAAAUCUCCCUCCUCCUACCACAAGGGAAAGACCUCCUGGAUGCAAGACUGUAUUUGUUGGAGGACUGCCGGAAAAUGCAACAGAAGAGACUGUUGUGGAGAUUUUUGAGCAGUGUGGAGAGAUCUUAGCACUUCGGAAGAGCAAAAAACACUUCUGCCACAUCCGUUUUUCUGAGGAAUACAUGGUGGACAAGGCUAUUUAUUUGUCUGGUUAUCGCAUCAGGCUGGGCUCCAGCACUGAUAAAAAGGACACAGGGCGCCUGCAUGUGGAUUUUGCUCAAGCCCGGGAUGAUUUCUACGAGUGGGAAUGCAAGCAGCGGAUGCUGGCCCGGGAAGAGCGCCAUCGCAGAAGAAUGGCAGAAAAACAGUUCCACCCUCCCUCCCCACCUCCUGUUGUCCACUAUUCAUAUUAUGAGUGCAGUAUUGUUGCUGAGAAGCUAAAAGAUGAUUCAAAGUUUUUGGAAGCGGUGCAGACACUGCUGGCCUGGAUAGAGCGUGGGGAAGUGAACAGACGGACUGCAAACAACUUCUACUCAAUGAUCCAGUCAGUCAACAGCCACAUCCGCCGACUUACAAAUGAGAAAGCAGCCCAUGAAAAGGAAAUGGAAGAAGCAAAGGAGAAGUUCAAGCUUGCACUCUCAGGAAUUCUUGCUCAGUUCGAGCAGAUAGUGGCCGUGUACCAUUCUGCAUCCAAACAAAAGGCUUGGGACCAUUUCACGAAAGCGCAACGUAAGAACAUCAGCGUAUGGUGCAAGCAAGCUGAGGAAAUCCGCAACAUUCAGAAUGAUGAGCUGAUGGGCAUUCGACGAGAAGAGGAAAUGGAAAUGUCUGACGAUGAGACAGAGCCAUCAGAUGCCAAGGAGAUGGAAGAGUCAGCUUUAAUAUCUCAAGCAGAAGCUCUGAAGGAAGAAAAUGACAGCUUAAAAUGUCAGCUUGAUGCCUACAGGAAUGAGGUGGAUCUCUUAAAGCAAGAGCAGGGCAAAGUGGACAGAGAUGAAGACAUAAGCAAGGACCAGAAAUUAAAGAUUCUCCAGCAGGCUUUGCAAGGCAUGCAGCAGCAUCUCCUGAAACUCCAAGAUGAAUGUGAAAGAAGAAAUGCUGAACUGGAAAAAGUCAAUGAAGAAAAAGCACAACUCGACAAAUUGCUUGAAAGCCUAAAUGAAAAGCAAGAACUGGCUGCUGGACCAGAAUGGGGGAAAGACUCCAAUGAUCAAGACCACAUGAGUUUCGCCAACGACUUUUCACCAGCUUGCUCAGUGUGCCAGGAGAAGGAGAGCACACUUGAGAGAGGACUCAACGGCAGCCCUAUCAAAUCAGAAAGGGAAGCUUUGCUAGUGGGAAUAAUCUCAACCUUCUUGCAUGUUCACCCUUUUGGAGCGAGUAUUGAAUACAUCUGUUCCUACCUCCAGCGCCUUGAUAGCAAGAUUUGUGCUAGUGAAGUGGAAGCCCUCAUGAUGCGACUCCAGCAUACUUUCAAGCAGGAGAUGAGUGGUGUUGGAGCAAGCCUUGAAAAAAGGUGGAAAUUCUGUGGCUUUGAUGGACUGAAAACUGCCACAUGAACUUGAAACUAAUAGGACUUUGGACCAUGAUUUUUUUUUCUGAUUUCUAUCAUUGAUAAUAAAGAGAAAGAUUGCAAGCAGAAAUAGUUGCCAUUUUGCAACAGAAAUGGUUUGUUGGCUGAGUUUACAGCCGCCAGAGAGACCUAACAUUUCUGUUAGAAACUAACCAUCUAACAUUUCAUUUCAUUUCAGUGCUGUGAUUACUCUGUUUCAUGACUUUUAUUUGGACAGAAUCAGCCAUUUUGGACCUACCUGUUCUCAAAUGGUUAUGGAAAUUGUGGAAAGACCAAAGCAGCGCUUUUCCCCCAGCUGGUUCCAGUUCUGGGGUUUCUCACUUGCAUUACCUCCAUUGUUGGUGUGUAUGCAGAGGUGCUCCCAGUGGUGGCUAUUGGGUGUGGUGGAGGAGAAGACUGGGAGGCCAAGGGUUGGUCAAGCCAGGGCCAACGACAGCUGGAGCCAACUAAUUUUGUCCACAUCUUCCUCCCUGCUGAGUUCUAAAAGGGCAACACUUAGACUAAGGGGAAGGAAGCUGACAGCCAGUGCUACCCUCUGAAUGCAAGUGAGAAGGUAGGCAGGUGGCAGCUGUUUGAGAGCAGGCUGAGCUUUGUGGGGCAGUUCUCCAUAUGCCCUAAUGGACCACCCUCCCCUGGGUUCUUACAUUCGCUGCUUUGAGCACAUUCCACGUGUUGAAACUUGGGAACUGUUGUCCUAGCAAAGGUCUGUACACAUUGGUGACCCAUGAUCAGAUCAGCUGUCUCUUUAAAUUUUAUUUUAAUAGCCAUUUUGUGGAAGAAAGGAGAUUGGAAUGUGACUGCAGUGGUACAGUACAGUCUAUUAAAAAUUCAUUCCAU